AAGAGUUUGUUGUUGGGUUCUCUGAAGAGAAGAGAUGGAGGCACCGCUAUUUUCCAACUUAGAAGAACAGGAUGAUGAUUCUUUCUUUAACUAUCUCAGCAGUCUUUCUCCUUUAAAGACAUUGAACUCACUUCCCAUGGAUUAUCCUCUUUUCACAUCACCCGAUGUGACUUUUUUUGAGGAUUCCACAUUCUUCGAUUCUAGGGAUAAUCUUUUGGAUACAUCAAACUCUCAAGUUUCGUGCGAGAAUGUAAAUAAAAUUUAUUCACAUGAAAAAGUGCCUACUUAUUCUACUCAUUUAUCUCAUGAUUCAACUGAGUCAUCUAGUCAAGAAGCUGUGCAAUAUGGUUCUUGUAGCCCAGAAGAUCAUCCACUAAUCUCAAAGGAUGAUGUUAACUACCUUCUUGGAAUACUUGGCAUGCUAGAACCAAAUGGUACCAAUGUACAAGACCAUUCUGUCAAAGAUUCAAUUGAGGCAAACACUCAAUUGCCAGAUUGUGAUUACAGUAGCUUAAUUACUACAACACAAUCUUGUAUUCCUUUACCACAAUCUAACACUAAUUAUAAAAUGCAUACUGUUGAUCCACUUGCUUCUACUUCAAUACAUGAGUCUGAAAAUAAUCCUUAUGAACCAAUACCUGCCACUUACAGAAAUCAAACAUGGAACUAUCUUGCCAAUUUCCCUUUAAUGGAUAGCAAUCCAAUUCAGACAGGGAAUGAUGAGGUUAGAAAUUUGAUGCAUUUUGUCUAUUAUCAGUUCUUUUGCGGUUUAUAUAUGUUCAUUUCUUUCUAG